GUGUGGACUGUAUUGAUUCGGUUUCUCUCGAGGGAAUGUACUCCUCUGCUCUAAUUCGACUUGAUGUAGUUACAGAUAUCGGCUAGUAGUUCCGUGUUGACUAUAUUUCUCGAAGUCAGACGAUAAAACUAGAAUUUAUUUAGCAUUGUUUGUAGUCUGUGUAGAGCGGGGGAUGGAAACUAAGCUGACACAAUGCAAUGGAUGGCGACUGCGUUAGAAGGAGAUAUUAUAUUCAGUGAACACUUUACAGAGAUAAAAUAUUUUAAGAACCACUAGUAGUUUCAUUAGCAGAUUCAAUGGCCCCAAAAAAUGUAGUGGCGGGAACGAUUGAGUACCGAAGUCUUGACGGAGGGUGUGUAUGUGUAUGUAUGCAUGCGCCGCGUGCAUGUGCUCGUGUGCGCGCACUUCAGCCUGGGGUUUUGAAGUAUGUGUGUUUGUUUAUGUGACUGUGUGCAGUGAUGGUGAACUAAUAUUCCAUAGUGACCUACAAGUUCCACUGACUACUGGUACAGCUAGUAAGUGAGAAAGAAAACAGGCUAUUUACCACACUGGAAAUUUGAUUUAACUUGGAAUUCACUUCAAAUCUUCUGAAAGCCAAGAUGGACAAAAUGUUCCUGGCUCUACAAGAUAUGUACAGGUCUUUGCUUGCAGAAGAACUUCCGACAAAAGAAAGCCAUGAAGUGGCUUGUAUCAUUUGCUCAAAUAUUUGUAACCCUUGGUCUGUAAAUGCCCACGCUGCUGAAAAGAGCAGGGAGAGUAAUGGGCAGAACAGCUCAGAAAUGGUCUGCUUUGUGCUCAGUCUCAUGGAAAGUAUGAGCUGCAAGGUACUUUCCGGAAGCACUGCUGCCAACACCAGGCUUUAUUACAUGGAGGUUCUGACUGUGUCACUGGAUCACAUGUCAGUGAUGUCCAAACUUGUCUCCCUUUUUGGGGUCAGUGACAGGUUAUUAUCACACUUUGCUGUUAAGUGUGCAACAUCGCUUGUCCUUUUUCAGCUCCACAAGUCUAAUUCCUUUAACAGAGUGUGGCAAGAAAAGUGUAUGAAAAUACUCCUCGAGCCUUUUCCUAGCAUUGAGCUGUACAGCACCUUGUGGUCCCUCACUGCAUUAAUAAAAGGAAUUCUUACAGGGAUGUGCAACUGCAACAAAGAUGCACUCGAACAGCUGGUCUCGAUGCUGGACUCUGUGUUCCCUCAAGUUUAUUCUGGACUGCUCUCUUGGGUAGAAAGAGGCCAAGGAUCUGCAGCAUCUGUAAAAGACAUGUAUAAUGUAGAGACAAGCCUUGUUGCUUUUUUAGAUUUCCUUGAAGUCCUCACUGCUGCCAGACUUAGUCUGAAGAUCUGUUUCUUUAGACAGAGGCUGUUUUACCAACAAGCACUAAUGACCCUGCAGUUAGUUGGCUCCUCUGUUCAGUAUUUUGUACAAAAGAAAGCUAUCUUACUCUUGAAAGCUACCUUGCUUCUGAAAGCAGGUGAAGAUUUUAUUACAGUGGGACCCCCCUUGAUGAAGGAGGGUGAUCACAUGAUUACAGACUUACUUUCACUGGCAGAUGUUGUGUUGCAGGCUGUGUUCGCAGGCUGGCUCCAGGGUGUUCCAGUGAACACUAAUGCCAGCUUUUUUGGGGGUAAUGUCAUGUCUGUCCAUUGUGCCUCAGAUGGGCCAGAUUUUGUAGUCCUGAGGGCAGUGAGUCUGAUUUUGCUCAAGUCCCUGGAAUACAAACUCCAGUAUGAGAAAGAAGGCCCUGAGCCUGCUGGUAAUCUUCCGGCCUUCUUGGGUGCUCUGAUGCUGUUCUUGAAGCAGCACCUUUCUGGGCUGCAGCAGCUCUUGCACCCCUGCAGCUGGGUUUCACUGGUGUUUGGGGAACAGGAUGAUGACAUGAUUGAGGCUGCCAAGGUCAUAAUGAUGUUGCAUUUAUACCAAAGAAGAUGGAACACUGGUGAAAAUCUGAAGGCUUGUGAAACUGGCUGCAACCCUCACUGCCAUUUCAUUUUCCUGCUCCAAAAUGUUGCAUUUGACCACAGUGUUCUCCUGGAUUUCUUGAUUUCCACGGAAACUUGCUUCCUGGAUUACUUUGUGAGAUAUUUAAAGCUUCUUCGGAACAAUUGGGAGGAUUUUGCAGCCAUCUGCCAGGGUAUUGAGGCCCUGAAUUCAAAAGCUGGGUUUGAUGUUGCUGCAUUUGAGAGGGACCGAGUUGGCGCACCUGGUGGAUGUACCUCCAAAGGGAGCAAUGAUAGAGUAUCAGAAACUCUCCCUAAUCCAGGAACGGCCAACAGGAGGAACUCCACCUCUUUGUCUCUUGGAAUCUCCCAGCCCAUAUCGCACCCUUUAGUGGAUUAUGAGAGCUCAGAUGAAUCUGAAUCUGAAGAACCGGGUCUUUCAUCUGUCCCUUUGCAAAGGACACUAGUAUCUGAUGGCUCUGGUUUUGAAAAUGCCAAAGGAGAUGGGCAGUCUGAGUGUUGUAGUCUCACACAGGAAAAGUCAGUGGUAGGCCCUUCGACUCCUUCUCGCUUGUGCGUACAGGCAGUCACGUGCCUUGGGCAGCUGAGAACAGUCAUAUGUAGGCUGCAAAGAAGGAACCUCUUCCCCUACAAACCAGACUCACUCCUAAAAUUACUAAUGCAAAUUGAGGAAAAGAGUGGAAUCCAGUAUGAGUUUCCAUGUGAAUGAAACAUGCUUGGUUCUGGUUUA